CCUGCAUGCUGGCAAGGGGCACAGGCAGAGAUGGCAUGCCGUAGACCCCAUGCCUUGGUUGUUGUCCUGGACUUAGGGCAGGAGUAGGAAGCAAUAAAGACCAACCCCAGCCCCCAGGAUACCAGGCAACUUUAGAGGAGGAUGCCCCAUCAGGAUGAAUAUGGCUUUUUCAAGAAUUGACUCUCUUCUCAUCUUCUACCUCAGUUUCGUGCUACUCAUCCAUUUAAAAAAAUCAUUUUGCAUCCAAGAUGACCGCAGGUGCCUGUCAAAUGCUUGCCAAAAGGACUCUGAUUGUAGCACUUCUGCAGAAAACGCUAGCUGCCGCUGCCUGGACUCACCAGGUGACACUUCAGCAGAGGACUGCACUCAAACCGAUGAUCCUUGUUCCUCCAGCCCGUGUUUUCACAAUGCCACCUGCUUAAGUACUGCAGGAAACCUGAGCUUUUCUUGCAACUGCCCCACAGGGUACCAUGGAACUACCUGUGAAACUGCCACCAGCCUGUGUGACUCACAUGUUUGUAGGCAUGGAGGCACAUGCCGAGAUGAGCCUGGCAGCCUUGUCUGCUCCUGUCCUGAAGGGUACACAGGUACUCACUGUGAAACUGACAUUGAUGAAUGCUUUUCCAAUCCAUGCCUCAAUGGAGCAGUGUGCAGAGACAGGAUCGGCAGGUACUCCUGCUACUGUGUUCCAGGAUACCAAGGGAGGCACUGUGACCUGGAAGUGAAUGAGUGCAUUUCAGAGCCUUGCCUAAACAAUGCAACAUGCCUGAACUUAAUAGGGAAGUACGACUGCAUUUGCCCUCCGGAGUAUACAGCAGUUUCACUCCUCAAGAUCUUCGGAAAACAUUUCAAGUGUAGGCACUCUAACAAAAGGCCUUCUCAACAUCUCCCCCAAAUGGUAAAUAGGAACAGCUGGAACACACGUAUCAACUGUGAGCUGGAAAUUGAUGAGUGUUUGUCACAGCCUUGCCUGAAUGGUGGAAGUUGUCAUGAUAGUCUGGGUGGCUAUUACUGCUCCUGUCCACUUGGUUUCCACGGUGAUUUAUGUGCAGUCAACAUUGAUGAGUGUGCAAGUCAGCCAUGCCUCAAUGGAGGGGAAUGUAUAGAUGAUAUCAACAGAUACGACUGCAACUGCACAGACACUGGACACAUGGGCCUGCACUGUGAAACUCCCAUUCCUUCAUGCUGGUCACACCCAUGCCACAACAAUGCUACUUGCAAGGACACAGCAGAGAGCUAUUUGUGCCACUGCUUGCCAGGCUAUACAGGGUCUUUCUGUGAAAUUGAUGUGAAUGAGUGUAGCAGUAAUCCAUGCCUCCACGGGAGCGUGUGUGUGGAAUUAUCAUGGUCAGACUGGUACAGAAGAAUUCCAGAGCUACCCUCGGAGUUCAGCUAUCACACAGCAGAAGGUUAUGUGUGUGACUGUCAGACUGGAUUCACAGGUAUUCACUGUGAAGAAGAUAUCAAUGAAUGCCACAUAAAUCCUUGCCAAAAUGGAGGAAUCUGUGAAAAUUCUCUUGGAAAUUACACCUGCCAUUGUCCAAUCAAAGAAGAAGAUGGAGUGCUUUAUGGUGGCUGGAACUGUACAGAAGUCCUUGUUGGCUGUGUUCAGCAUAAAUGUCAAAAUGGAGGAUUGUGUAUUCCUUACUUCACAAAUGGACAACACAGUUUUAGUUGCCUGUGUUCAUCUGGAUAUACUGGAGUACACUGUGAAACAGCAACUACGUUAUCUUUUCAGGGAAAUGGGUUCCUUCAUGUUACCAACGUUACAGCCCCUACAGAGAACUGUUUCUAUAACAUAAACUUUAGAUUUCUGACUGUUCAACAAACAGCAUUUAUAUUUAGUCGAGGGGACAAAGAUACUUUUGUGAAGUUGGAGAUACUGAAUAGCUAUUUACAUUUAUCCAUGCAAGUCAAUAACCAGUCAAAGGCCCCUUUGCAUAUAGCACACAAUAUUAGUGAUGGUGAAUGGCAUUCAGUUGAGGUAACCAUAGAAGGAGGAGCUGUUACUCUUAAGUUACUCGACAGCACUUGUCUAGAAUCAUGUCUCAGUAAAAUUGCUGCCACAGUAGAUAGCAAUCAGAUGAUGUUUGCUUUUCAGAGCAUAUUUUUGGGUGGUUUGCCAGAGGGGAACAGGAGCGGUGACUCUCUGCUUAACAUCUAUAAUAUGCCUUCUGCACCUUCAUUUGUAGGCUGUCUUCAGGACAUUGAAAUAGACUUGAAUAUUAUUACCCCAGAGAAAAUGUCACCCGAGUCAUCUUUAAAUGUCAAGGCAGGCUGCUCUAAAAAGGAUUGGUGCGAACUCAACCCUUGUCAGAACAGGGGGCGCUGCAUCAACUUGUGGCUGAGUUAUCAGUGUGAUUGCUUCCGGCCCUACGCUGGGCUAAACUGUGAAACAGAAUACACCCCAGGAAGAUUUGGACAUGAGGAAUCCAUAGGGUAUGCUGCUUUUGCUAUUAACAGUAGUGGCUAUGAAGGUGGGACAAUAUCAAUGUUUGUACGAACACGCAAGCCUUCUGGCUUGCUAUUGGCUCUGGGGGAAAAUUCAUCUGUAUAUCUAAAGAUCUGGUUGGAAGACGGGAAACUCAUCAUGUCAGACUCAAGUUCCAACAAACUCACAGGAACCCAGACUAUGAAUGAUGGACAUUUCUAUUUCAUAUCCUUAAAAAUAGAGUCAAAUAAGGCUGAACUAUUCCAGUCAUCUCAAAAUCUGGGCUACAUUUCUAUGCCAGUAGCAGAAAUCCAAAGCAGAGUUAUUCUCUACGUUGGAGGGUUACCAGAUGAACAAGAAACCAGUGUAAACGGUGGGCAUUUCAAAGGCUGUGUUCAAGAUUUAAGACUCAGCAACCAACCGCUGGAAUUCUUCCCUGUUGGUUCUUCGUUGAAUUCUGUAGUCAACAACAGAACACUGAUCAACAUAGCCCCAGGCUGUACUGGAGACAACCUCUGCAAGCCCAACCCCUGCCAAAAUGGUGGUGUUUGCUAUUCGAUCUGGGAUGACUUCACUUGCUCCUGUCCACCAAAUAUAGCUGGCAAAGCUUGUGAAGAAGUGAAGUGGUGCGAACUUGAUCCCUGCCCCCAUGAAGCCCAAUGUCAGCAGGUGUAUCAAGGAUUUGAAUGUAUCACCAAUGCCGUGUUUAGUGGGAGAAACAGUGCAAUAUUCUUUAGAAGCAAUGGGAAGAUCAGGAGAGACCUCACUAAUAUAGUCUUUGGCUUUCGCACUAGAGACACAGAUGUGAUCCUGCUUUAUGCUGAGAAGGACCCAGAGUUUCUCACCAUCAACAUUCAAAAUAUGAAAUUAGUGUUUCAGCUGCAAAGUGGCAACACAUUCUAUACGCUGAACCUGAGUAGUUCACAGCCAGUGAAUGAUGGAAAGUGGCACCAGGUGAUCUUCUCAAUGACAGAGCCUUUAUCCCAGUCCUCAAGAUGGCAUUUUGAUAUGGAUGAUGAGCAAGACAGUGUGACAAGUACAGUUUCCACAGGGAACCUCAAUUUCCUGAGAGACGAGACAGACAUCUAUCUGGCUGACAGAGCGUUCGACAGCUUGGAUGGUCUAAGAGGGUGCAUGAGCACUGUAGAAAUCAGUGGCAUCCAUCUCUCAUACUUUGACAACACUGAUGGCCAUACUAAAAAACCACAAGAAGAGCAGUUUCUCAAGGUAUCUGCCAAUUCUGUUGUCACAGGAUGUCUCCAGUUAGACUCUUGCAACAUGAAUCCAUGUACACAUGAUGGAAUAUGUGAAGACUUUUAUAGCUAUUAUCGUUGCAUAUGUGCCAAGGGGCGGACUGGAGCUCACUGCGAAAUCAACAUUGAUGAAUGCACAUCAAACCCUUGUGUGCAUGGAAACUGCAGUGAUGGAAUUGCCUCAUACAAGUGUGUAUGUGAUCCUGGAUUCCAGGGGAUGAGAUGUGAAGAAGACAUAGAUGACUGCCGUGGCCACCUAUGUGCAAAUGGAGCCACUUGUAUAGAUGAGGUGAACAGCUAUUCCUGCCUUUGUACAGGAAAUUUCACUGGAAGGUUUUGCAGGCGUAUGAGACCACCUUUCACUGUCUGCAGAAAUGAGAAAGAAAACCUUACCUGUUACAACCACGGCAACUGUACUGAGUUCCAAGGACGCUUAGAAUGCACGUGUCUCGCAGGCUUUGCAGGACCACGGUGUGAAGUGGACAUUAAUGAGUGCAGCUCUGAUCCCUGCCUCAACGGAGGCCUUUGCCAGAAUCGGCUCAACAAAUUCCAGUGCAUCUGUGACAUAAACCAUGCCGGUGAACAGUGUGAGAUCGAUUUGACGUCUGACCUGGCCUCCAGCAUCUUCACUACCAUUGGCUCAGUAACACUGGUCUUGUUGCUCAUCUUCCUGCUGGCAGGUGUACUUUCAGUGGUCACUGCCAACAAACGAGCUACCCAAGGGACCUACAGCCCCAGCCACCAGGAGAAAGAGGGAUCUCGAGUUGAGAUGUGGGACAUGGUACAGCCUCCUCCAAUGGAAAGACUGAUCUAGCAAGAACACCUAAUGUAUUCCUUAUUUGAAAAAAAAAUCCAGCAGGAAUGACUUAGCAAUGUGAAUAAGAUGGAAGAAUCCCUCCAGAGAAUGUCACAUCUCUUGCCAUUUAACCCAGAAAUCUUGGCCAAGAUCCAGAGUGCCAUAUUCAAUGUCUCAUGAGCUGAUAGAGAUUUUUCAGAUCUUCUCUUCUCCAGAGCAGCACUCCAUCAGGCAUAAUGUGUUACUUUGAGAAAACAGAGAACACACACACAAAGUAUGAGUGGAAGCACUUUCUGCAAGAACACCAACUUCUCUAGAGCUCAGAAUUAAUGACCGAAGACUUCUGAAAACAUUUGCUAGAGGAUAAUUAUUUAUUGCACUGGAAAUUUUAGCUUUAGCAUAAUCAACUAUAGAGCACUCUGACUGUAAUGACUACGAACAUAAACAUGAUAAGUGCCUGUGUUUCAGAUACUAUUGAAGCCAUUAUUUUGCAUUUGCUUUUCCCUUCUGGCUGACUAGACAUCAUCAUCAUAGUAGAAGACAAAGAUGAACAAUCAGAUAAGUUUGGUUAAUCUAUCUGCCAAUCUAUUGUCAAAGGCUUUC